CCGUUCCUGUCGACAUUCCAACGAAUACCCAUUUCUUCUGCCUAGCCCUUCGUCGAAACCCUCCAUUUAUUUUGGCCUUUUAUCCCCACUUUGUUCCCAUUUCAGUCAUGCAAGUUCAUACCCCAGGACUCUGAAUCCGGAGCAAACUUUGCUUAAAUUUAAUCGGUUUAAAUUUUUUGGGUUUCUGUGUCUCUGUACUUCAUAAUUCGGAUACUAUUUUUUGCGUUUUUUUUGCACUGGGACUGAAGAAUGUUAGCUUAGCUGCCUGCUGUUGUUCACUGUUAAAUGGUGGAUUCGGACGGGGAUAUAGCAUUGGAGAGUUCUGAUGCGCAGGAACUGAUUGCAUAUGACGACGAUUCCAUUGUAGAACCAUAUGAGGGUAUGGAAUUCGAAUCUGAAGAUGCUGCCAAGAUAUUUUAUGAUGAGUAUGCACGGCAUGUUGGAUUUGUCAUGCGUGUGAUGUCAUGCCGUCGGUCUGAAAGAGAUGGUAGGAUUCUUGCUCGUCGACUUGGGUGUAAUAAGGAGGGACACUGUGUUAGUAUUCGAGGUAAAUUUGGGCCGGUUCGAAAACCACGAGCAAGUACAAGGGAAGGUUGUAAGGCAAUGAUUCACGUAAAGUAUGAUAAAUCCAGUAAAUGGGUGAUUACAAAAUUCAUAAAGGAUCAUAAUCAUCCACUAGUGGUGUCCCCACGUGAAGCUCGUCAAACCUUGGAUGAGAAGGAUAAGAAAAUUCAAGAAUUAACUGCAGAGCUUCGGAACAAGAAACGGCUGUGCACAACAUAUCAGGAACAGCUAACGGCAUUUACUGAGAUUGUUGAAGAGUAUAAUGAACAGCUAUCCAAGAAAGUUCAAAAUGUAAGGGGCAAUAUUGAAGAAUUUGAGGCCAUAGAUCAGGAGCUUUCACAGCAUAGAUAGCCUUCAAUUGAGAGCUGCAGCCAUGUGGGAAAUCCAACUUAUCCGGGACUAUGCAGACAUGCAAUUACUGUUGGAGCUGCUUUAUGUGGUGAUGAUGGUGACCAGUUCAUGAGCUGCAAUUGCGCUUAAAUUUACUCGUUUUUGCGCAGCAACUUGAAAGCAUUGCCACGGUCCGAGUGCAUAUUUUGAAUGGUGCAGGAUAAUAUCCGAGAGAGAUACCAGAUGCCUAACUUCGGUUACAUGGAGCAUCG